AUGGCUUAUGUGCGCACUCCUCUUUAUUACCUGCACUCCCCAUUCGUCUACCACGCGAAGCUGCUUGCUAAAGCAGCAGCAGCAGCAGCAGCAGCAGGAAAGGGCCAGAGCUUGACUGUGACUUCCAGGCUGCUCAGCGCGGAUGUCUCGCCGCAGCCAGCAGCAGCAGCAGCAGCAGCUACUGGAGCUGCUGCUGCUGCUUCUGGGUUUGCAAAGGCGCGCCCCGAGGAUGCUGCUGCUGCAGCACGACUGCCAGGCAGCCAGCAUGCUGACGCAGCAGCAGCAACUGCUGCAGCAGCGCUGGCGAAGCAGCAGCAACGGGAGGAAGCCAAAGGUCGAGACCCAGAGGGAAGCAGCAGCAGCAGCAGCAGCAGCAGCAGCGGAGACACCACUCGGCUGCGGCUGAAGUGCUUCGGCGCUGCAGCACUUGCAGGUUUUGCUUCCGUGUCUCCUGCGGAUGAGCAGCAGCAGCAGCAGCAGAAGCUGUCUGUGGCACAGAAGCACGAAUUCGGAGCCCUCAGCGACGGCGGCGAGCAGCAGCAGCAGCAGCAGCAGCAGCAGCAGCUGCAAAUCUCCGCGUCCCCGCACAGCAGCGCGCCGGCGACGCCGGCGUCGCCGCAGCCCAGCAGCCACAGCAGCAGCAGCAGCAGCAGCAGCAGCAGCAGCAGCAGCAAGGUGUGCAGCCGGAUGGCGCGGCAAAUCGAAGCAGAAGAAUUCGCAGAAGCUCAAAUGCUGCUGGCUGGCAGCAGCCAGCAGCGAAUAGAUCAAGAAGUUGCUCGAUUUCGGCUGAGACCCCUUGUGGAAGCAGUUCACAGGGCUCAGGCCCUCCCCAGGUUUCUCCAGCCAG